CCAUCCAGCUGAUAGCGGAGCAAACCUUCCUGAGUUCAGUUUGCCCUGUGCGCACGGAGAGCUCAGAGGGCUCAGGGAGCUCCAGCAACCCGCGGAGACGCACCAGAGAACCUGAAGCGUCUGCGUCCUGAUCCGGGCCCGGAGGAGCGCAGCGGGGCGGCAGCGUCUGCAGACUCCGAUGAACGCACAACAGUCAGCAGGGGAGCAAUCUUUGAGUAAGACUUCAGCGCUGAUACCGAGAUGAAGGCGGCCAGCAGACAGGGCAACAUGACCGUGGAGAAGCUGAACGGGGACAUGAACCGGAGGCCGAGCUACCCCGGAGAGCUGCGGGCCAAACACGCCAACAUGUCAACUAAGAUCUGGGUGAAAGUGGCGAUGGCGAUCGCCUAUUUCCUCUGCGUGUCCGUGGCCGCGUUCAUCCUGGUCAUUUACUACGUGUUCUUCUGGACGCCGGGCAAAGCGGACAACAUCACCGUGACACCGAACCAGAACCCGAACCAGAACGUGUGCCUGGCGAAGCCUUGAUGACUUUUACAGCACGCACGCGCGCACGCACGCACGCAUUAAAUAAGUGACUGCACACACCUGACACAAGGCUGCGGCGGCGGUGGAUGGAUGGAUGAAAGAUGACGGCACACAGACAGACAUGACUGCAUCCAGAGUUUGGGAUGCUGACUGAGGACCUGAGGGAGGACAGAGGGGGGCAGGUGCUGCCGGGAUGCAUCAGUGUUCCGCAUGCAGGAUGCAGGUGGAGAGGAGGAGAAGGGGAUUUUUCUUUCCAGCUUUACCCCAACACCCAGUCCUGAGGGGGUUUUUUGUUUUUUGUUUUUCAUUUCACUGAACUCGUCUGUCCAAUGAGAGAAAGCCUUAGGAACACACACCUGACAUCUUUUAGGGCUGCUUCCCUCUGAUUUGUGGCUGUGUGCCUGUAACUGUUGGUUAUUCUGAGAGUCAUGCUUACGUCCUUUAAAUCAUGGGUGGAUUAGGUGAAGCAGGACUCCUGGGUGCAGACAUGCAAAAGGUCCCGCACUCCUCCAGGACUCCCCGUGAGGUGUCGCAGGUAAAUGAGUGCUGCAGUUAAAUUUCAGUAAUCACUUCUCAGGCUGAGUCCUGACCACUGAGAGCAGAUAUCACACUACAAAAUGACAGAUUGAAGAAGCUUUACUGAAGGUCCUGCAUCUGAAUGCCGCAUCCUCAGCAGAGGUCACAUUAUUUCUUUAUCGAACGCUGUCUGCUGAAGCUUUUAAUGUUCCAGGACCUGGUGAUUUUUCUCUCUUAUGUGACUCUUCAUUGAAUGUGUUUGAGUUUUAGGUGGACGACUAGAAAACCCCUCUGGGUUCUGAGAGCAUACAGUAUGUUGCAUGCUUUCAUUUCUUCCAUGAUAUUCUGAGCAAAUGAAAUAACAGAAAAAUUAAGUCUCUAGAUCAUUCAUUAUGAUGUGCAGCUAACCAGAAACAGGGAUUAUUUUUCUGUUGCUCCUUCUAUAAGUGAGAAAAACAACCCCAGAUCAAACUCAGUGCAGCACAAUCACAGAUGCUACUUCUUUAAAUUACCCACCAUACAUUCAGACCAUUCAGUUUGAGAUUUCGGUGUCUUUUCACACUUGUCCUAGCCUCUUAGUGUAAAUCUAACCAAUGUCUGUGCCCAGUUGGUCGCCCAUGAAUCCAUCCAUGCUUUAACUCUUUCACGUUCCUGUGAAAAGGGGACCUCUCCUGCUCACUUCCAGCUCUGUAUUUUAUAAUCUGGGACCUGCUAGAGUAGCUUUGCAUGAUCAGCAGUUCAAAAUAAUCUUUAUUUUUCCCACACGGCCUUGUUGAAGCCCCUCAGCUAAUCAAUUCUCUUCUAAUUGACUGCCCAAUGCAAACAACAGGUGGAUGGGACUUCUGUACCUGAGAUGUCUCUCUCGCUCUCUAUGACAUCACAGAGAGCUGAGAGGGAAAAAACUGCCUGAACAUGCACUGACCUCCUUAUUUGAAACUUUGUCCGUGUUAAAUAUGAGCAUCCAGCACUGGAACAGGAGAUAUAUGCCAAAAAACCAGGAAAAGCAUAAGAGGUCCCCUUUGAAAAUUCACUUUAUACAUCAAUGCUCCACCUUAUGGAAGCUUAGAAACCAUGAGUGUGCCCUGAUCCUAUAAACAUCCUGGAGAACAUCCCAGCCGACCCCUUAACCCCCGAAGCUGAUCCCCGAGAAACCUCAUUAGAAAACCCCACCAAAGAACUCUUAAACCCCCCACAAGAGUGCUUGAGCCCUAAACCACAGCCUACAAACCCCUUCAGGAACCCCUGCAACCCCUCAAGGACCCUGCUCUGCACUAAUGGAGACUUCUUUUUUUCAUGCCUAUAGAGGACUUUCUGGUUUUUCUCUUUUUUCACAGCAGAAUGCUGUUUUUAUUCAGGUAUCUAGAGGAACUUAAAGCGAUACUGUACUGUAGCAGAAGUAGCCUAAAUUGUGAUCUUUGGUAGCUCGUAGCCGUAUGAAGUGCAAGGUGAUCACUCUCAGUAGUUGCAGCAGUUUUACCUUUUUAGAGCCAUCUUUGUUGUCUUGCAUUGCCGCACAGAAUGACCGUUAAUUCUCAAUGCAGUGUCACGUUUGUACCUCUUCUUCUCGAUGACACGUUUUGUUCACCUCACUUCCUUUUUCAGAAUUUAGGCUAAAUCUACUAGACUGUUUUAUUAACAAUGUAGCCUUGAGAAUUUAUUGUUAUGAUAUGAUAAACUAUGCAUUUAUUCCAGUGUGGGUGUGUUGUCUUUCUGUCAGCAGUUGAGCAAAAACAGGCGACGGGGCGGGCAGCUUGGUGUCGUCCUGCGCUGAAAUAACGCAGGGACAUUUCACUGAAAAGGCCAAGCUGACGUCAGGGGAGUGCUGGCCUGCAUCUGAAACAACACAGCCUCCACUUUCACUAUAAAUCAGAGCCGUUAGAUACUCCAGAUUACGUGGAAAUAACACUUGUGUGAGGACAUCUGGCCUCUUCAGUGUGACAGCUGCUUGGCCCUCUCCUCACUGACCUUUCUCAUGUUUAUCUAAGUAGAGUGCUUUGGUAACUGAAGACUAUCGGUGGAUGCUUCUCUGAUGAUUACAAAGGUUGUCACAGAACAGGAGCAGGAUGCAGUGACACGUCCUGUUUAAUGUGCAUCGUUUUUUACUUUUUGGAUAAACAGCAUGUAGAGAUCAGUGGGAGUAGGCCGUGCCGACAUCAACCUGUGCUUUAACCUGUCAGACUUAUAGACUGUAUGUAAAAGUUGGACAUAAACCACCGUGAGGUCAUCCACCGAUUUAGGAUUCCAUGUUUGGAAGCCUAAAAAUGUUAUUUUUUCCUAACCAUGUGCAGAAACAGAGAUACCUGCUGAUUAUUUCUAAGCAACAGACUAAAAUAAACUAUUGACUUUCACUCACUUAAAGUGCAGCCCAAACUUCUUGCCUGGGCUGAUUCACACAGUCGACCAUAUACUUAGUCAUAUAUUUGCAUUAAAAAUGCUCCAUUAGGCAUCAGCAGCACAAACGCGGUGAAGAAGUCCAGUUCAGUGACUGAGUGAUUUAGUGAAUGUGAGGCCCAACAGGACAGAGCGACUACAGCGCCCUGUUAAUCAAAGUGGCCACACCCCUAAUUUUAACCCUUAACAGUCCAGAUAGAGGAGUUAUAGAGUAAUUCACCCACUGUACAGAUGUUAUGAGAGGCCAAAACUCUUUGAACCAGACUAUAUGUAUAAUUUUUACCACUUUAAAGCCCGCCUCGAGUGGCCGUUAGAGGAACUGCAUUUUUUUUGCACCUCCGUGUUUUGCUUUUUUAUUAUUUUUAUUAUAUUCCCAGAGUUUGCAGAGUUGAUAUGACUGCGUACCUUUCAGUUGGAUGCUUUUCAGCGCAGGUGGCUCUUAUUAAUGCUGGAAAUUUUCCCUCAGCGCUCUCUCCCACUAGAACAGCUAGUAGAGUAGUAACAGCCAAAAAAGAUCACAAGUUGGAUUUUCUAUGAAAAAUGAACUGUCCAGGAGUUAAUGUACAGUAAGUGGACAGAUAUUUCUGCCUAAUGAUGCCAAAAUAAUAUUAUUUAUCACAGCUUUUCAAAUAAAAUAGGUUAAAAUCACUCUUUAAUGUUGUUGAAUAUGGAGGAAAGCAGGAAGAGCACAGAGGAGAUUUGUGGAAGCAGAGGAUUGGCGUGACAGAUGCUAAGAAUAGAUGUGGUGACCUCUAGAGCGAGCAGCCAGAAGGACAAGAAGAACUACCGAGCUAUUAUGCUGUGCUGUUUGAGAUCACAGUGACUUCCAGCCAUGAUGUACCAUUAUGCACACACAUUAAAGUAGAUAGAUGGUUGCCAUUCUAAAACAUUAACA